AUGUAUCAGUUUUAUGUAGUUGAAUUUUCAGGUGGUUUGGAUUUAAAAGCACAAGAAGCAGCUUUACGUUUAGGACCUGACAUUGUUAUUGCCACUCCCGGCAGAUUGAUAGAUCAUCUGCAUAAUGCGCCAAAUUUUUCGUUACAUAAUGUUGAGGUACUGGUCCUGGAUGAAGCUGAUCGGAUGCUUGAAGAAGCUUUUGCCGAUCAGAUGAAGGAACUUAUUAGGCUUUGUGCAAAAAACCGUCAAACUAUGUUGUUCUCUGCAACAAUGACUGAUCAAGUAGAAGAUCUGGCUGCAAUGUCAUUGAAAGAACCAGUUAAAAUAUUUAUUAAUGAGAACACAGAAACGGCAUUAAACUUGCGGCAGGAAUUUAUACGUGUUCGUGAAAAGUAUGAAAAUAGCCGAGAAGUCAUAGUAGCUGCAUUGGUAACGCGGACAUUUUGUGAUCAUACCAUCGUGUUUUUACGCACGAAAAGGGACUGUCAGCGCAUGCACAUCAUCCUCGGCUUACUAGGCGUCAAGUUAGAAACUGUAAAUGCAGCGCUGUUACCAUGUUUUGCUGGCAAAGAUUCUGCAGCUCUUCGCCACAUCAUGGACAAGAACUGUAAAGAAAUAAAAUGUGCUUUUCAAGCUAUUGAUAUUUACCAAGCCUUACUUAGCAUAGAAUAUGCUGCAUAUAUUGUUGCCGAGAAAACAGCGGUCGGUCAGCUGCACAGUAGUCUUUCGCAAGCUCAACGAGUCGAAGCUUUGUCGAUGUUUAAAAAUGGUGAUUUGGAUGUCUUAGUUUCAACUGACCUUGCUGCUCGUGGUCUUGAUGUGGAAGGAGUUCUUACUGUUAUCAAUAUGCACAUGCCGGGAACGUACAAGCAGUAUGUCCACAGGGUCGGGAGAACUGCUCGUGCUCAUAGAGCAGGUCGUUCUAUCUCUUUAAUUGGUGAAGAUGAUAGAAAACUUUUGAGGGAAAUUGUGUCUUCAAAUAGAGGAAAAUCGCUCAAGCAAAGGCUUAUUGGCUCAGAUGUUUUGGAUGCUUACACCAAACGGUUGGGGUCGCUUUCGGAAAGCAUUAAAAAAAUUGAAGAGGAGGAAAAAGUUGAGCGGGCAGUGCGGAUGGCUGAAGCUGAAAUACAAAGAGGCGAAGAAAAGAUAAGUGGGGAAGCCAAACCAAGGAAAUGGUUCCAAGCAGAAAGUGAAAAAGUUAGAAAAGGUCGAUUUCGAAAAAGAAGUUUUUUGACCUGUGUAUGCAGAAGUUUUUUAAUGAAAAAACUUCUUCCAGCAGAGGAUAUUCGAUUGAAGCGCCAAGCAGAUUAUUAUGCACGAGAAGCUAAGCGUAUGCGUAAAUCAAAGAAGAUUCGUGCAAUAUAUGAAAAUUAUGAUGAAUACAAAGAGUUGAAACCAGGAAAAAAGAAGCGCAAGAGCUCAUUCACAAGUCAUCUUACUUCUUUAAGGCGCGAAGCAGUGCAAGGAUUCCGCCAUGGGUUUAUUUUUCACUUUGUUUUUUUUAGGACAAAGAUUCUUUAA